AUGAAGCUCACACGGGCCUGCUACUCGGCCUCGUCGCUGAGCUCCAUCCCCCCAGCCAAGGUCAAGUACGUUCCGCAGUCGGGGACGUAUCCGCAGGGCUUCAGCGCCUCGGGCGUCUUCGUCGGCGUCAAGCCUGGAAACACGAGCAAGCCCGACCUGGCUCUCGUCACGUCGGACCGCCCCUGCUCCGCGGCCGCCGUCUUCACCAAGAACAAGUUCCAGGCCGCCCCCGUCACCUUCAGCCGCAAGGUUCUGCAGACAAAGGCCAACGCCGGCAUCCGCAGCGUCAUCAUCAACUCGGGCUGCGCCAAUGCCGUCACCGGCGUCGGAGGCCUCGAGGAUGCCGCCAAGAUGGCCAGCACCACUGACCAGCGCGUCGGGUCCGAGGACUCGACCCUCGUCAUGAGCACCGGUGUCAUCGGGCAGAGACUGCCCAUACAGAAAAUCAUCGACCACAUCCCCGUGGCCUACCAUCAGUCCGGCGACACCCACAAGCACUGGCUCAGCUGCGCCAAGGCCAUCUGCACGACCGACACCUUCCCCAAGCUCAUGUCGCGGACCUUUACGCUGCCGUCCUCCCCGGGUAUCGAGUACCGCCUGGCCGGCAUGACCAAGGGUGCCGGCAUGAUCGCCCCCAACAUGGCCACCCUCCUGACCGUCCUUGCCACCGACGCCCCCGUCUCCCCCGCCGUCAUGCCCCAGGUCCUCAAGCACGCCGUCGACCGGUCCUUCAACUCCAUCACCAUCGACGGCGACGCCUCGACCAACGACACGGUGGCGCUGCUGGCCAACGGCGCCGCCGGCGGCACGGAGGUCGCCUCGGAACGGUCGGCCGACUACGCUGCCCUACGCGACAUCGUCACCGACUUCUCGGCUGAUCUGGCCAAGUACGUCGUCCGCGACGGCGAGGGCGCCACCAAGUUCGUCACGAUCCGCGUCGUCGAGAGCGCCACCGAGGAGGCCGCGCGCGAGGUCGCCCGCUCCAUCGCCCGCUCCCCGCUGGUCAAGACGGCCCUGUACGGCCGCGACGCCAACUGGGGCCGCAUCCUCUGCGCCGCCGGCUACGCCCUCAUCACCCCUCCCGGCCAGCCCCAGAACGACGUCCCCGAGAUCGUCCCCGAGCGCACAAACGUCUCCUUCAUCCCCACCGACGGCUCACCCGAGCUGCGCCUCCUGGUCAACGGCGAGCCCGAGCAGGUUGACGAGGACCGCGCCAGCCAGAUCCUCCAGAUGGAGGACCUCGAGAUCGUCGUCAGGCUGGGCACCGGUGACAAGAGCACCACCCACUGGACCUGCGACUUUAGCCAUGACUACGUCACCAUCAACGGCGACUACAGGACGUAA